AUGGGGCAGUGGGAGCAGCUCCAGGGCAGGCAGGAGCUCCUGGCCCCCACUCGCUGCCUUCCCUCCCCACGGAUGGGUGCCAAAGGGAAAAGGCAGGAGCAGAGACCCUCAGGCAGCCCCCAAGGAGCAGCAGAGACCCUCAGCACAUGGAGCAGCCCCGGAGAGGGGCUCAUCCCUACCCGCAGCCUCGCCGGGGCGGAGAGCAACGGGCACCGGGCCAGGCCGCGCUGGCACCGGGCCCGCAGCCGGUCCUGCCCCUUCACUGUGACUCUGCAAAACCUCGGGGCGGGCGCGGUGGCGAUGACGGUGGUGAUGGCCGGGCCGGGAGGAAGUAAAGGGGCCCGGCUGGGCGCUGCCCUGCUCCGGGUGGAGAAGUGCGCUCGGCCGGGCCCGCAGCAGGAAGGACGAAGCCAGCUCCGGGCAGCAGCAGCCAUGGCAGAGCCCGGGGACCAGAGCAUCCACACGCAGCACAUCUCGGCCGUGCACAACGUGCCCAUGCGCGUCCUCAUCCGGCCCAUCCCUGCGCAGCUGGAGCCGGACAAGGUGCGGAGCAUGAUGGAGACCUUGCAGGAGGACCCCGAGCGGGUGCCCCCCAUCGACGUGCUCUGGAUCAAGGGCACCCAGGGCGGGGAUUACUUCUACUCCUUCGGGGGCUGCCACCGCUUCGCCGCCCACCAGGCGCUCAACCGGGAGACCAUCCCCGCCAAGAUCAUCCCGUCCACGCUCAGCGACCUCCGCACGUACCUGGGCUCUUCCACGCCGCUCCUGCGCUAGCCCGGGGCACCGGAGCGGCGGAGGAGCGCGGCGGCGACAGCAGGUGGCGCUGUUGUGACGCGCGGGGCCGGUAUUGGCCUCCGGGACCGGGAAGGGAUGGACCGGGAUAGACGGGAUGGGAUGGGAUGGACAGGGACAAGAU